UCCAUCGUUCGACGUCGACAUGAGCCGAUGACCUCUGGCUUGAACCUCCUCCGGCCACGUCGGCACCGGAAUAUUCGCCAUGGAAGCUUCUUUUCUGACAACAUGAUGGAGCAGGAGGAGGAGGUGAUGGAGGAAGAGAGCGAGAUCAUGAAGCGAGGAGACGCCGCCGAGCCGGCAGAGAUGGUCUCCGCCGGGGGUAGCUCGAAGAUCGUCGGAGUUGACCGAGGGUGGCUCCAGCUCGGCAUCAGCGACGGCGGCCGUCGUCACUACAAGGACGACCGCAGCGCGAGCAGUAGUCGCAGUAGCACUAGGCCGGAGCUCGACUUGAUUGGCGGAGGCAGCGCCGCCUCCGCCUGUAAGCUGCCGCUAGUUGGGUUCCCGACAUCGGCGCCGCCUCCGUGGCUCGCUGGCGUCGCCGGCUGCCACCACCGGUGGGAGCAUCAACGGCCAAGUUCUAGUGCGAGACCUUCCCCAUCGAGCAGCGCCUGGGGGAGGCCGCCGCCGCCGGCGACGCCGAGCUUGGCAUCUUACGGCGAGAUCAGGGUGGUAAGCUUACCGCGAAGGACGCAGACCCCCGGGCUAUGGCUCGUCCUCCAAGCAGCACCAGAACAAAAAAAAGAGCCCUUUUUGCCUCAGAUACCGAAGAGCUACUUGAGGAUCAAAGAUGGCAGAAUGACAAUAAGGCUAUUGAUGAAGUAUUUGGCUAAUAAGCUUGUUUUGGAGGAUGAAUCUGAGGUAGAGAUAAGUUGCAGAGGCCAGAAGCUUUCUCCUUCCAUGACUCUGAUCUCUAUUCGAGAUAAUAUUUGGUGUUCAUCACCAGAAGCAGUAGCAGAACACCAGCAGCAGUCAGACUCAUCGACCACCAACAAGUAUGUCAUGAACCUCCUCUACAGCAGAAGCAGCAGAUCAAAUGGGAGUUGA